UACAACAAACUAUAUACGCAGUUGAUGUGCUACUAAUUAUUCAUGUGGAAUAUUCAAAUUACGUGCACAUUUUCUUGAAUACAACAUAAUGAAGAGACGAAUACACUCGGUAUGUAAUAAACGUAUCAAAUUAUUUGUUAAGUCACUUGUUCACGUCUCGUAGUUAGAUUCGUUUUCGUACGUAAUUAAGUUUUCAGGUAGUAAUUGUCAUCUAAUUAGAUAGUGUAAAAGUCUGAUACAAUAUCAUUUGUGUUACACAAUACGAAAUCACCAGUUUCGUGUUUUUUUCCGAGCGUUAUCUAAUAUCAAAGGAUUGUUUGCAUCUCUUCAAUUGUCGCAUUGUCGCACAAAUCAAUCACAUUGCUGUAAAUAAUAUAUCUGUAACUCGGUUGACUACUUUACAGUAAAUAUACUUAUGACUUCCUUACCGUAUUCAGGCAACAAUUAUGAAACGUUUCGCAUAAUUCAUCUCGACCCUGUUGUAUCUUCAUCUCUCGGAUGUUGUUAACGCCCUUCGAAUUUUUUUUCAAAUAAAUAUGUAAAUAAAAACGCUGUUCCAUUGUUCAGCUACACAUGUUUAAACAUACCGCCGACUGGUGGUCCUAUGCCUCUGCUUAUUGAUUUUGGUCAGUCGGUUUCCUUGUAGUAUUCUAGAAGGCUGAUAAAUUUUACACUCCGCCCAAAUGGUUGUUCUACUUUUAAAAGAUAACAUGACUGCGGUUCAGCCAAUUCAAAGCAACGGUGCAAUAAAAGGGUUCACGACAAAUGUAAAGGAGACAACGACCAAAGGCUUCUAUUAUGCAACUCAUAGCGAAACUGGCCUAGAAGGACCUGAUCAAGUUUUGCCGGCCGAGAGUUUCACAACUACGAAACCAGAUGGUUGUGUACGAAUACGACUAAAUUGCGAAGGUGUAAAUUCCGUAUCGCCCGUAUCAGUUCCUGGUUUAUUAUCAAGUAUAGCUACGAAAUAUCCUGAUCAAAUUGCUUUAGUAUCAAGACCUGAUGAAAACGGACAAAGAAAGAAAUAUACGUAUAAAGAAUAUGAAACACAAGUGAGAACUGUAGCAAAGGCAUUCAUAAAAUUAGGUUUAGAACGAUACCAUGGUGUCUGUAUUUUGGGAUUCAACAGCCCAGAAUGGUUUUUUGCGGAUGUCGGUGCUAUAUACGCUGGAGGGUUUGCUGUUGGGAUAUACACGACCAAUACUCCAGAAGCAUGCCACUACUGUGCUGAUAGCAGUAAGGCAAACAUAAUACUUGUUGAGGACACAAAACAAUUAGACAAAAUAUUGGAAGUAAAACAUAAUUUACCCCACUUAAAAGCAAUCGUCCAAUACGAGGGUACACCAGAGCGAGAAGGCGUUUUGAGCUGGGAUGAAUUGAUAAAACUCGGUAAACAAGAAUCUGAUGACAAAUUAAACGAAGUACUAAAGAGAAUCGGGGCGAAUGAAUGUUGCACUUUAGUUUACACGUCGGGGACAGUUGGGAAUCCAAAGGCUGUGAUGUUAAGUCAUGAUAAUCUUAUACACGACGUUCGAGUUGUCGUUCAUACUUUGCAAUUGACCGACAAAAAUAAUGUUUUAAUCAGCUAUUUACCAUUGUCUCAUGUUGCCGCCCAGAUGAUCGAUAUAUACUGUUCUAUGAUGGUAGCUGCAACUCUAUACUUUGGAGAUAAGAAUGCUCUUAAAGGUGGUCUACUCGAUACUAUGCUUGCCGCACGACCUACCAUUUUUGUAGGUGUGCCGAGAGUAUGGGAAAAGAUUUACGAAAAAAUGCAAACAGUUGCACGUAAUAAUGGUGUCGUUAAAACGUGGAUUUCUUCUUGGGCAAAGUCACAAGCGCUUUAUUAUAAUAUGAACAAGAUGAAUGGAAACGAUUCGAAAACGUGGGGUUAUUCAUUUGCUAAAUGGCUAGUUUUUAGCAAAGUGAGAGCAGCGCUUGGUCUAGAUAGAUGUUUCCUGGCUAUUACUGCGGCUGCACCUUUAAGUAAUGAAAUCAAGCAAUAUUUUAUGAGUUUAGACAUUCUACUUCACGAAGCAUACGGAAUGUCUGAAUCUGCUGGCGCUCAUACAAUAAGUAAACCCGACUGUUAUAGGCUAGGUACUGUUGGCAUGUCUUUACCUGGAUUUGGUACGAAAUUGGAUAAUCCAGAUAGUAAUGGGGAAGGAGAAGUGUGUAUGCGUGGGAGACACAUAUUUAUGGGGUACUUAAAUGAACCUGAAAAAACAGCAGAAACUUUAGACUCAGAUGGAUGGUUGCAUAGCGGUGAUGUAGGCAAAAUUGAUUCUGACGGAUUUUUAUCUAUUACAGGAAGAAUAAAAGAAUUAAUUAUCACCGCUGGUGGAGAAAAUAUACCACCAGUUUAUAUCGAGCAAUUAGUAUUAGCUGAAUUGCCUGCACUAAGCAAUGCUUUACUGGUUGGAGAUAAGCGAAAAUUCCUUACCAUGUUAGUUACCCUAAAGACUGAAAUGAACCCUGACACAGGUGAACCAAAAGACAACUUUACUCCUGAAACUUUAGAAUGGUUAGCCUCUAUUGGAAGUAAUUCAAAAACUGUAACAGAUGUUCUAAAUACACAUGAUAAAGUUGUAUACGAAGAAAUCGACAAGGCGAUUAAACGAGCAAAUACUAAAGUUAUAAGUAAUGCACAAAAAGUACAAAAGUUCAAAAUUCUGCCACAUGAUUUUUCAGUGCCUACUGGUGAAUUGGGACCGACGCUUAAACUGAAAAGAAAUGUUGUGUACAAAAUGUAUGAAGAUAUGAUAGAAGAUAUGUACACGUAGAAACACACUUCUACGUUCAUCUGUUCGUAUCGUGUGUAAAAGAAAAAAGAAAAGGGCACCAAAAGAUGGGCUAUAUUCCUAAAACAAAUAUGGGAGUUACUGCCAAUAUCUGCAUUAAACACUUAAAUAUUUAAAGUAACUGCAAAGUUAAAAUCGAAAUAAGAUAUAGCUCUGUUUAAACUGUCUACUUGAAAAGCAAAACUCGAAUUAUCAAAUAUCUCGAGUAACAAAAAUUUAAUUUUACUAUAAUAGCACUGAUUUCAUAAGAAUAUAUAUAUAUAUAUACAUAUAUGUAAAUCUUCCUUUUUAUAUGUGGUAUAUCAUAAAUAUAAUUAGAAGUAUCUAUUGUGUACGAUAAAGAUUAUAACACUUUUUAUAAAUUUCGUGUAUCUCCUAGUACAAAAUUUUGUGACUUGUUAUAGUCUGUUCUAGAAAAGUUAUUCGCUUUUCCAUAUGCAUUUUUCUAAUAAGUGCAAGAUAAAGAAAGGAGGUUUAAAACUCGCCUAAAAUUAUUAAGUGCCUUUUGAUAUGUGAUCGUAUGGUGAUAUAUCCACAAGAUAGUGAUCUUUAUAGUAUAUUCACAUACUGCGUAGUAUAUUAAAUAUUCAUAAAUAUGUAUAAUAGUACUGAAUUUAUCUGAGGUGCAUUUAAUGUCAUUACGGUUUCAAUAUGUAAUGUUAAGAGAAUUAUUAUACAUGAUACUUACUAAUUUGAGUAUGGUACUUAAAUUAUGUACUGAAGAAGGUAAUUAAUGUAUAUCAAGCAUUGUUAAAGAUUAAAAAUUAUGAGUGUUA